AUGAAGACAUCACUUUUAAACAUCCCGUGGGAACGCAAACUGCAGUCGCGGUUUCACAGUCUUAAUGACACCGAGCUGGAAAAACUGCGCGCAGCGCUCAACUGUACACUCUACCUUUCACUAAGAGCCCGGAUUGGAUCACCUAGUUUGUCGGCCGUAGUCUACAAGACGGAGGUUUCCGGCUUUCCCGUUGCUGUAAAAUUUGAGCCGAAUAUGAACAAGGCCAUAUCGGAGGUGGAUAUCCACUACGAACUCACCAACCGGAUCCCCGAUUACGUCUUACAUUACUACGACGCACAACAGUGUACGACAGAGUCGCAUACAUAUUUGAUUUUGGCGAUGGAACUGGCCACGGGUGAUCUGACCCAGGUUCUGCGACAGGGUUCGAUUGAGUACGAUGAACUGCGUGUGCUCAUUAUUGACGUUUUUUACUCUAUCGAGGAAAUGUCAAAAUGUAGUGUGUACCACGGCGACUUACACGCCGCCAACAUUUUUGUGAUUAAUCGCGGCGGACGAAAUUUGGCGGUGAUUGGCGAUUUCGGAGAGAGUACGUAUUCGCAGUCGGAAACCAAACACUUGAGCGACGCGUACCGCUUUAUUUCAUCGCUAAUAGAGUGGAUACACACAACGGGGUUUGUAUACGGAGUCUACGAUCUCAAAAAAGCACUGAAGCUCUGUGGGAAUGAAAACGCCCGAACUGAGGAUUUUGUACAGAUUUUCGACUAUUAA